UUCACUUCAAACAAUACGAAACGUGCGCCUGUCCGCGUACUGACCUAUCAAGACGCGUUCCGAACUACAGAACCCGUCGCGGCUGGAAAAUUGUCUGAAAAUUGAUGUGUAGUGCUAUAUCGUUUUGACUUUGGAAUAUGAAAAUGGCUAAAGGUUUCAUUAAAACCCUUUCCGUUCUUUGUCUGACGGUUCUCUGUCACUUUGGAUACGCAGAAGAGGAUGAAGGAAUACCAACUUUACCGGAAUACCUUCUACCAUGCAACCAAAAGGACCCCGAAUUGGAUAUAUGCAUCAAAGGAUCCUUCAAUCACCUGCGGCCGUAUCUAGCAAAGGGCCUAACUGAUCUGGACGUUCCUCCGGUGGAGCCUCUAUUUAUAGACAAGCUGGUGAUGGAAAAUUCUGCUGGUCCGGUCCGAGUGACCGCGGCUUUUAGCAAUAUCACAGUGGUUGGACCCAGCAACUAUACUGUAACUAAAAUCAGAUCUGAUUUGAAGAAACUACGAAUCGACAUGGGUCUAGUGCUGCCUCGUAUUGAAGCAACCGGCAAAUACGAAGUUAGCGGACAGGUCCUGUUGUUCCCAGUUCGCUCUCAGGGAGAUUUCUGGGCAUCUUUCAGUGACGUUGCGGCUAUUGUGAAGAUCUUUGGCAAAGAGUUCACUAAGAAGAAUACCAAGUUUAUGACGGCCGACCGGAUGGUGGUCGACUUCAAGCUGAGGGGCUCCCGGUUCAAAGUCAGAGAUACUGUCAACCACGGAAGUGUUAUUGGAGAAGCAAUGAACCAGUUUUUGAACAAUAAUGCAGCAGAGAUCAUAGAUGAGAUGAGACCUGCAGCAUCAGCCGCGAUCGCGAAGCACUUCAAGACGUUCCUCAACGCAGCCUUCGAGAGAAUACCAGUGGAUCUCUGGCUGAUACCCUGAGCUGAUGUUGCACAGGGCUAACGCAUUCAAAGCGGUAUUAUCUUGUAUCUAAGUAUAUUUCUAAAGCAGAUUGAGAUCUCAACUCAAAAUAUUUCAACAAACAUUAUGAGGCAGUGAACAACAAACUUAUUAAUAAACGCAAUGUCAAGUUACUUCAAGUUUAAAAUUACUUCUCCAUGUCAAGUAAUUCUGUAGUAACAAAGUUAAGAUAAAGACAAUUUUUUUUUGGAAUAACUUUACUUCACGUUUAUUAAUAAUACUGAUUGAGUUUAUGGAUUUAGAGCGUAAAUAAUUAACUUGUAUCUUGUAUAUAUGUUUCUUGUAUCUAAAAGCGAAUGGAAGAUACUUCAACGAUCAUGACCAAUACCAUGAAAUUUGAAAUAAAAUAAGGCACAUUUGGCUACCUAAUUCAAAUCAUUCAAAUCUAUUUAAAUGUAAACAAUACAAUUGACAUAAUAAGCUUUCCGAAGUCUGCUACACAUAUUUGAUUUCUUCGUAUAAUUAAGUCUUUUAUGUAUGGAACCAUAGACUUAGGAUAUAUUAGCGUAUAGACUUCCUGACAGGCCGAUAAUACGAGACCUAUUUUAAUUUGUCAAACAGUAAGUUAGAUAGUGUUCUAAAAUUUUAAUUUUAAGGACUCAUGCCAAGUGUGGCUGACUGUUUACGACCUGUCAAUCAAAUUCGGUUACAGUAACAUUGAUUUUGCUUACCUUUUAUAUCUUAACAAUUUGUUGUUUUUUAAAAGUGAUAACCCUCACUUCUGGGAUUAAUUAAAAGCCACAACCUGAUAGUUGAUCGAGACAUAUUUUUCAACGAUACGUCACUCGAACGGUUGGCUCAGUGGAGAGUGCUCGCGGGUUUAAGUCCCGCAUCGUUUAUAAAUUUUACUUUUCUAUCUUGUUGUAUCUCCGAUAGGCAUGUUCUUCUAUCUCGCAUGCUUAGUCUGUCUAUUUGCUGGUAUAUUGUAUGUCUAUGGUAUGAACAACGAACAAAUAAUAAAGUACAAUUUCAAAUCAAAGUAAUGUAACUACGGAUAUCAUAAUAUAGUUAUUACUAAAACAAGUUUAAGACUGUAAUUAUUAAAUAGAUUCAAAAGUGCCGAUUAAAAAUUUCCUAGUGAUAGAAAUAUUGAGAUAUCAAACCGGACUUACUAAAUCUAAUAAUUAUUUAUUUAGUUUAAGCUAUAUUUAGUUUUAGUGAUGUACAAAUACCAUUAAUAAAUCGAGUAAGUUAAUGUAUAUACGAUGUAAUGAGAAUUAAAGUUAUACUAUUA